AUGAUGAGACAGAAUGAGAGCAGAGUUCCUGAAUUUCUCCUCCAGGGGCUCCCUAUUCCACCAGAACAUCAGGGUUACUACUUCAUCCUCUUCCUGUUCAUCUACCUGACCACAGUGUUCGGGAACCUGCUCAUCAUCCUGCUCAUCCGGAUGGACAUUCGUCUCCACACGCCUAUGUACUUCUUCCUCAGUGUCUUGGCAUUCAAUGAUGUGUCGUUAUCAUCUGUCACUGUCCCAAAAAUGUUGAUGCACCUGAGGACAAAUCACAAAUCCAUCCCCUACUCAGGGUGUAUUUCUCAGGUUUGUUUUUUACUACUCUUUGGUUGUUUUGAAAACUUUCUUCUUACAGUGAUGGCGUAUGACAGGUAUGUGGCCAUCUGUCAGCCGCUCCACUACACCACCAUCAUGAGGCAGGAGAUAUGCAUUACUCUAGUAGCAAUAUCUUGGAUCUUCAGUUGCUUCCACUCUUUGUUAAACACCCUCCUUUUGGCCAGAGUUUCCUUCUGUGGUGACGUUACCAUCCCCCACUUCUUCUGUGAACUCUUUCCAGUCCUGAAGACCAGCUGUUCAGACAUUUCACUCAAUGACGUGGUUGUUUUGAUUGAGGGAGGGAUUUUUUUUUAUCUGCCAUUCAUCAGUAUCUUGAGCACUUAUAUUUGCAUAUGGGCCACUGUCCUGAAGAAGUCCUCUGCUAAGAAAUUCUUCAAAGUCCUUUCCACCUGUGGUUCCCAUCUCCUUGUUGUGUCUUUAUUCUAUGGAACCAUUCUUGAAGUUUACUUUUUACCUUCCUCAUCUGCCACAAAUAAUAAAGAUAUAAUUGCUUCUGUGAUGUACAUGAUAAUCACCCCCAUGCUGAACCCUUUUAUCUACAGCUUGAGAAAUAGAGAUAUAAAACAAGCCCUAAAUUUGCUCAUUGACAGAGUCAAGUUAUGUAGUCAAAAAACCUAA